CUGGAACUGUAUCGGGCGCAGUGGAAAGGCAGGACUUUCACAGACUCGUGAACAGGCGUGUUCUUAACAGACUGACUUCUGCCCAGCCCUGUUUGUGAUUGGAAAGAAGUCCCUGGGACAAUGCUCAACUCUGUGGGCCUGAGCUUCAUGGUGCUGCUCUCAGCAGUGGGAGCAGCAACAGUAGAGAGAGUGGAGUAUGACUACUAUAAAUACCACCCCAUGUCGGAGAUCACUAGCUGGAUGGAACAGUUGGUAAAGGAUCACCCUGACGUUGUAACUAUCGUGAAAUAUGGAAAGACCUAUGAAAACAAGGAUAUUAGCCUGCUCAAGAUUGGCCUGAAUACUGGGAAGGAAAAGAAAGCUAUCUGGAUGGAUUGUGGAAUACAUGCCAGAGAAUGGAUCGCCCCAGCCUUCUGCCAGUACUUUGUCAGACAGAUUCUCCAGACAUACAAAACAGAUGCCAAAAUGGAAGCGAUGGUGAAGAACAUGGACUUCUACGUCACACCAGUGCUCAACAUAGACGGUUACAUCUACUCGUGGGCCAGCAACACAACUCGUCUGUGGAGGAAGAACAGGUCACCAGGGCCUUCGGACUGUGGCUGUAACGGCACCGAUCUCAACCGCAACUUUGAUGCCAACUGGGGAACCGUUGGGGUAUCAUUUAACUGCUGCUCACAGACCUACCCUGGAAGCAAACCCAUGUCUGAGCCUGAGGCCAGGUCUGUAGUUGACUUUCUGGGAAGCCGAAAGGACAGCUUCUUGUGCUUCUUCACCAUCCACUCCUACGGCCAGCUGCUCCUGGUUCCCUAUGGCCACCCCAACUACACCGCCCCCAACUAUGAUGAGCUGAUGAUGGUGGGACUGGGUGCAGCAGAAGCAAUUUGGAAGGUUCACGGGAAGAACUACACUGUAGGAACCUCUCCUGAUGUGCUAUACGCUAACUCUGGUUCAUCCAGAGACUGGGCUCGGAUGCAGGGGAUCCCCUUAACCUACACUUUUGAGCUGAGAGAUAAAGGGACGUACGGCUUCGAGCUUCCUGAGGAUCAGAUUCAGCCUACCUGCGAGGAGGCCUACAGUGGAGCUCUGCACAUCAUCACCUACGCCCACGACAAGACCUUUAGCGGUGCUGUAGCCACCUCUGCCGUGACCCUUUGGACCGUACUGUUAGCAGCAGGUGUCACUGGAGCCACCCUGAUGUGAAGUGGAGAGCUGUUUGAUUGCAGCCAUCCUGCAGUAUAUGGCACUCAUACUUCUUCACCUCAAAGUCCGUUUAGAAUCAGAAAGCGAUUAGGAGUCACGUUUCAUGAAUUGCCAAUAGUUGUAUUGGAAUAUUCUCAAGAAUAUCAGGACAUACAGCUUUACUUCAGAUAAAACUGCACUUUUUUCCUCCAUUGUUUGCUUAUCAAAGCUA